AAUGAGGACACCCAAAAGUUUGAAGAUUGCAGAGACACAGGCCAGAUUCAUUGCAGUGGACUGGGAGUCUUUGGGCUACAACAUAACACGCUGCCACACAUUCAAUGUCACCAUUUGCUACCACUACUUCCAUAGUAAUAAUGAGAGUAAUUGUCUGGAUAUGGACCCCAAGGCACCCCGGCAUGUUGUUGGAAAUCUACCACCAUAUACGAAUGUGAGCCUCAAGAUGAUCCUUACCAACCCCGAAGGAAGGAAGGAGAGUGAUGAGGUGGUUAUCCAGACAGAUGAAGAUGUGCCUAACCCUGUUCCCAGUGAGUCAAUGAAAGCUACGCCAUUUGAAGAUAAAAUCUUCCUCCACUGGAAGGAGCCUUUGGAGCCCAACGGAGUCAUCACUCAGUAUGAGAUCAGUUAUAACAGCAUUAGGUCAUUUGAUCCAGCAGUCGAUGUGGCAAAACGUCCACUGACCGUUGCAUUGCCAUGGAACAGCACACACCAUGUAUUCUCACAGCUGCAUCCAGGUACCACCUACCAGUUCAUUAUCAGGGCCAGCACUGUGAAGGGGUUUGGGCCGCCAACUCUUGUGAAUGUCACCACCAACAUCUCAGCUCCUUCAAUACCAGAUUAUGAUAUGACUGAAACUUGUCUCAAUGAAACCGCUACCACUAUUACUGUAUUGCUGAAACCUGCCACGGCCAAAGGUGCUCCCAUCAGUGCCUACCAGAUUGUUGUUGAAGAACUAAACCCUCACAGAAACAAGAGAGAGGCAAAUUCACUGGGUUGCUACCAAAUACCAGUUACCUACCAGAGUACAGCCAAUGGGGGUUCCCCAUAUUAUUUUGCCGCUGAGCUUCCACCUGGAAGCCUGCCUGACCCAGCUCCAUUCACAGUGGGAGACAACAAAACAUACCAUGGUUUUUGGAAUCCACCUUUGGCCCCGAGGAAAAACUAUAAUAUCUACUUUCAGGCUGUGAGCAGUGUGGAAAAGGAAACAAAAACUCAGUGUGUGAGGGUUGCAACAAAAGCAGCAGCUACAGAAGAGCCAGAGGUGAUACCAGAUCCAGCCAAGCAAACGGAAGUGGUGAAAAUUGCUGGCAUAAGUGCUGGCGUUCUAGUUUUCAUCCUACUCCUCCUGGUUGUCAUAUUAGUUAUCAAGAAGAGGAGGAGCUACUAUUCUUAUUCAUAUUACCUAAAACUUGCCAAGAAGCGGAAGGAUGUCAUUGGAAACACCCGUCAAGAGAUGACUCACAUGGUCAAUGCAAUGGACAGGAGCUAUGCUGAUCAGAGCACUCUGCAUGCAGAGGAUCCCCUGGCUGUCACCUUCAUGGACUCGCACAACUUUAGCAAUAGGUUGCCCAAUGAUCCACUUGUGCCGACUGCUGUGUUAGUGCCAAUAACUGAUGAGAACCACACAGCAGCGGCAGCAGAGUCGAACAGACUGCUGGAUGUGCCACGCUAUCACUGCGAAGGGACCGAAUCCCCCUAUCAGACCGGGCAGCUGCAUCCUGCUAUCAGGGUGGCAGAUUUGCUGCAGCACAUUAAUUUGAUGAAGACUUCUGACAGCUAUGGAUUCAAAGAGGAAUAUGAGAGUUUCUUUGAAGGCCAGUCUGCUUCAUGGGAUGUAGCAAAGAAGGAACAAAACCGAACAAAGAAUCGCUAUGGAAAUAUAAUUGCAUAUGACCAUUCCAGAGUUAUUUUACAACCUAUGGCAGAUGACCCCUCCUCUGAUUACAUUAAUGCCAAUUACAUAGAUAUAUGGCUGUACAGGGAUGGAUAUCAAAGGCCAAGCCAUUACAUCGCUACGCAAGGUCCAGUUCACGAAACAGUGUAUGAUUUUUGGAGGAUGAUCUGGCAGGAGCAGUCUGCAUGUGUUGUGAUGGUUACUAAUCUGGUUGAAGUUGGACGUGUAAAAUGCUACAAGUACUGGCCAGAUGAUGCUGAUGUUUAUGGAGACUUCAAAGUGACAUUCCUAGAACUUGAGCCACUUGCAGAAUAUGUUGUUCGAACAUUCACAUUAGAAAGGAGAGGCUUCAGUGAAAUGCGUGAAGUGAAGCAGUUUAAUUUCACUGGCUGGCCUGACCAUGGAGUACCUUACCAUGCAACUGGCCUGCUGUCAUUCAUACGGCGUGUCAAAAUGUCAAACCCACCCAGCGCAGGUCCCAUUGUUGUUCAUUGCAGUGCUGGAGCUGGAAGAACAGGCUGCUACAUUGUGAUAGACAUCAUGCUGGACAUGGCGGAAAGAGAGGGAGUUGUGGAUAUUUACAACUGUGUGAAAGCCCUGCGUUCCCGACGAAUUAAUAUGGUUCAGACAGAGGAACAGUACAUUUUUAUUCAUGAUGCAAUUCUGGAAGCGUGUUUGUGUGGAGAGACGACAAUACCUGCUUGUGAAUUUAAAGCUACCUACUAUGAUAUGAUCAGAAUAGACUCGCAAAGCAACUCUUCUCACCUCAAAGAUGAAUUUCAGACGCUGAAUUCUGUCACUCCACAACCCCAGCCAGAGGACUGCAGCAUUGCUCUGCUUCCCAGGAAUCAUGAGAAGAACCGUUUCAUGGACAUGCUGCCUCCAGACAGAUGUCUACCUUUUCUUAUCACUAUCGAUGGAGAAAGUAGUAACUACAUCAGUGCUGCCCUUAUGGAUAGCUAUAGACAACCUGCUGCCUUUAUCGUCACACAACAUCCUUUGCCUAACACUGUAAAGGACUUCUGGAGAUUGGUGUAUGACUAUGGCUGCACUUCAUUGGUGAUGCUAAAUGAGAUAGACCUUGCGCAGGGAUGUCCACAGUAUUGGCCAGAAGAAGGAAUCCUCAGAUAUGGUCCUGUCCAAGUUGAAUGUAUGUCUUGUUCAAUGGAUUGUGACGUGAUAAUCCGUCUUUUCAGAAUAUGCAAUCUUACCAGACCACAAGAGGGUUACCUGAUGGUACGGCAGUUUCAGUACCUCGGAUGGGCAUCUCACCGUGAAGUACCAGCAUCCAAGAGAUCUUUCCUGAAGUUAAUUCUUCAGGUUGACAAAUGGCAAGAUGAAUGUGAAGAAGGAGAAGGACGAACAAUUAUUCACUGCCUAAAUGGAGGAGGACGCAGUGGAAUGUUCUGUGCCAUCAGCAUUGUGUGUGAAAUGAUUAAGCGGCAGAAUGUGGUUGAUGUUUUCCAUGCAGUAAAAAGUCUUCGUAACAGCAAGUCAAACAUGGUGGAAAGCCCAGAACAAUACCGCUUUUGCUACGACCUGGCCCUUGAGUAUUUAGAGUCAUCUUAACGAGAUCAAACAUACUACAUCUGGCAUUUUAACUUAGAAACAUUCCAGAUUUAAAGCAGAGCAACAGAUGAAGAAAUUAAAGCGAACUGUCUUCAGGACAGGCGUUUGAUUUUAAAUAUCACAUUAUCAUUCUUAAUAUGCUGGGAAUGUUAAAUAUAGUGAUGUACUUCAUUUGUAAAUGUCUUUACAUUGUGUCAAGCAGUGUUUGGUGCCACAUGAUUAAGACCCGAUGGUUGGUCAGAUUUGCUUUACUAUAGUUUUACGUUUUUCAAUGUUUUUAUGUGCAGCCAUUGUAAAGGAUAACACUAAAGCAAACGUGUUGCAUGCAAAAAAAACAUUUUCUAUGUUAAUGCUUUUUUUUUAUAACCGAUAUUCGUUUAUCGGAAAUGUUGUCUUGGAUGAGUGCACUCUUUAUAUGAAAGUGCUGCAAUGUAACAUUGGCUUAGUAGCAUGUAUAAUGUGCAAUGAUGGCUGGUUCACAUUCUUUAUUCAUAGAGGAUCUAAAUCAUAAGCCAAAGACUUUAGUGUAAAUAUGUCUAUAUGGAUAAAGCAAAUUGUUUGUAUUUAUUGUUUACUGUAUUCUUUUUGAUGGCUGAAGAAACAAUCAUU